GCUGGACCUGGGCGGGCGCAGGGGUUGCAGGGAGGAAAGUGACCCUGAGUGAGUGGAGCAGCCUCUCCACGUAAUGACAGCCGUGGCGCGGCAGAGGGCUGCGGGAGACAGGUGUUUCCCUUCCCAGGAAAGCAGGAACAACGGAGGAUGGCUAAUGGAAUUGUCCAGGGUCCCUCAAGCAGUAUUGGAGAAGCCUGUGAGCAUCAGGGGUGUUUUGGACUCUAGAUCCUGAGCUUUCGCCUACAUUUAGUCUCUGGUUGCUGAAGCGAAAAGUGGGAAGCGAUUUGGCACCUGUCAGCCUGUCAUGUUGGAACAUUCUUUAAGGAAGUGCUGGUGGCGAUGACGGCUUCCAGAGGAAAGAAGAGCCCCGACCUCGGGGAGUAUGAUCCCCUCACCCAGGCUGACAGUGAUGAGAGCGAAGACGAUCUUGUGCUUAACUUGCAGCAGAAGAAUGGAGGGGUCAAAAAUGGGAAGAGUCCUCUGGGGGAAGCGCCGGAGCCUGACUCCGAUGCAGAGGCUGCUGGGCCCACAAAGCCGCAUCUCUCUGAAGUCUCCACAGAGGGGUACCCCCCGGAGCCCCUCGGGGGCCUGGAGCAGAAGGCAACAUCCUCCCUCGUGUCCUACGUGCGCACUUCCAUCUUCCUGCUGACGCUGGGGGUGUCGAUGGUCCUGGUGCUCCUCUGUGCCUUCCUCAUCCCCUGUCCUCCGAGAGACCUGCAUAGCACUUGGAGCCGCCGCCUAGGCUCCCAGGGAGGUGGGGACCUGUCUCCGCUGGAGCUGGCUGAUGUGAAUGGAGACGGCCUGCGCGAUGUGCUGCUCUCCUUCGUGACGUCAAGGAACGGGAGCUCAGCAGGUGGCUCAAGGCUGGCUGCUGAUCUCGUGUGCCUCUCGGGGAUGAACGGCAGUACUCUGUGGUCCAGUGCCCUCCCGGAAGAGGCCCAGGAUAUCACAUGUUUGGAUCUGACGCCAGGCAGCGGGGCUGAAGUUAUCUGUCUUGUGACUGGGACGCGCAAGAUGCUCAGUGCAUUCAACGCAACCACAGGGAAGGCCCUCUGGACUCUGAGCCCAGACUCCCUGUCCAGUGGCACCUUGGCUGCCCCUGCGGUGGUGCUGCCAGACUUGGACAAGGACGGCGUUGGAGACCUUGCGGUUCUGGCCAUCGGGGAGACACAGCCAGAUGUGUGCUUUCUGCUGGUGUCUGGCCGGACAGGGAGCCCACUGGGCCGACCUGUGAAGUAUAGCUUCGUGGGAGUGGGGAAUCUGAUUGGUCCCCAGGUUUACAGCACGGCCAAUGGGGCUGUCUACAUCCUGUUUGGCUUUGGAAAUGUUCAAGCUGUCGCCCUGCGGGACAUUUUUGUUCAGGCCCAAAACCGAGACAGCUCACCACCUUCUCUGCAGAUAGAAGAGCCAGAAUGGGAGAAGCGGAGAUCCGUCAACCUGUCUGAGCUCAUUGACAUAUACAGUGAUGGUGUUGAGCUGCUCCAGAUGGUGAAGAUGCCCGAUUCCAAUUGCAGCAACCUCCUGAUUACAACAAGACAAGGCCUGGUUCUGCUUCGGGGGCAAAACCUCACACCGUACUGGACAUUGAGCCUUCCAGGCCUGCGCAGCCAGCCUACUCCUGGGUAUUUUACAGAUGAUCAGACCUUAGACUUCCUUCUGCAGACACAGGAAGGAGUCGGGAUGAAAAAGAUGAUGGUGGUCGAUGGCGAGUCUGGCUCCAUCAUUUGGAGUUACAGUGCUCCAUGUCACAUGAGAGAAACCCUGACCACCUCAGCGGUUACUUCAGACCGGAAGUCUGUCUUCCUCUUCUGGGCAGAAGGGCUGUCAGCUGCACCACCCAAUUCUGAUGCCAUGCCGGGAGCUGCUGUACCCAGCUCUUACCACCUUUACCUUCUGCAUCCAACCUUCCCCUCCAUCCUGCUGGAUCUGGCCAACGCCACAGGCACAGUGACGGCCUCACAGGUUGGAAUCAACGACCUCUGGAAAGAUGCCUUUUAUGUCACCCGGAUGACAGGGCCAAGCACGGAAGGGCAUCCCGCACCCGUGGUGGUCAGCAAGCUUAGUCUUCGGUGGGCACUGAUGGAGAGCCAGAUGGUCCAGCUGGAGGAGACCACUCCCACAAUUGGCCGCGGAGAGCUGCGAAGAUUCCUCUCCAGGAUAAAGUUUGUUGAUUCUCCCUACCAGAUCUAGUCUAAUGGACUCCUCAGUUUCAGAAGUAAACAAGAGUGAGUUUGCUCUCUCCUGUCAGUGGAGAACCAAUUCUUUGGCGAGAGGAAGACUUCCGCACGACUGAAAGCUGCACUUUGGAAGGCAGUGGCUGGAGCUGUGAUGAUGCAUGGCCCGCUUGGCUGGGGUGUUGACUACCUUUCCAGUCCCCGCACUAACCCCUCUAGGAACUCUCUGUGGAUAGUUUGGAAAUGUGAAUCUUCUCAGUGUUUUAUUUUUUUGUACAUCUAAUUUAUAAACCAUUACUGGGAAAUCCAGUAAAGCCUAUGACUAGGACAUAUUUUGUUUUGCAUUAUGCUGCAUGUAUAUAUUUUUUGGUAUUGUGGUGAGAUUAUUUCCAGACAUGCCCUAAGCUUCAGAGAUCCCAUUUUUUGUUCUCUCGAAAUAGGUGUGGUUAAGUCAUCUUGAGACUUCCUCUAAUUCUGAGGGUCACCCUCAUUCUCUCCUUAUUCUCUCUCCUCCUGUACCAUGGCUGCUUCUGAGCUGUAGACAGCAGUGAGAAAGACUGACAGUGGAGGACCGAGUCACCCAUCCAGCAUUUUCAACUCUUCCUUCCCCAGACUUUCUGUCUGUAUGAAGUGGCCAUGACAAUAAUCACGUUCCUUUCACAAGGGAGCAAGAGAAAUAGUUUCAGUGACUCACUUCUAACCAGGCCCCUAUGUCCUGUCCGUGUGGUUUUGUUGGCUCUGCCAGUCAUGACCUUGUUCCUGCAGUGACGUCAGAAGGGCUGGGAGUCAGGGCCCAGGAAGCCCAGGUCCUCCCCCCGCUGCCUUCCCCGCAUCUCCUCUGGGCAUCCUCCCCACUGCCUCUCCCCUUCCUUUCCCUUUUAUUCAGGGAUAUGUUUCUUGGCUUUUACUUUUGCUACUUGUGCCCACAGUGCAACCAUUUUGCCCUGUACCUUCCCUUACAGAGACUUUGAAGCAUCAUAUUUAAAUUCUUAUGUGAUUAAGUUCUUUAGAAUUAUUUCUGGUACUUUCACCAUUCUUCUGUAUACACUUGUUACUUCUAUUAAGCUCUCUUUUAAACUUCUAGGUCAUUGUCUGUACAGCAGAAAAUCCAGUGGUAGCUCAUUAAGAAAAACAAACAAACAAACAAACAAACAACUGCUUUUCUGCUUGAGUACUUUUGAUAGAUCUCCCCUGAGUGAAAAUCAGGUUCUCUUCUUACUUGGACUAGUUUCUGUUUAGCUUGGGUUAAUGAAGUAUUCCAGAAAAUGGUGGAUUCCUUAUUUGAAAGGUUAUCUAUUAAUUGCUCACUGAUAGGUGUUGCAUCAGGGGGUUGUCAGCAGUAGAUCCAAAGAAGGCUAAUGUUUCCACACUGCAGAUUGUCUGGCCCACAGAUCAGCCUUACCAGGCUUCUGGUAAGCCUCAGAGCAUAUUUGCUUUCAACACUCUGGAAGUUGUGGGUAGGUCCUGCUUGAUUUUAGUAGAAUAGUUAAGAAGAUAUCUCAGGCCCAGGGAUUUAGCUCAGUGGUUCCUCCGCCUGCUUUGCAAGUGCAAGAUUUAGAGUUUGAUCCUCAGUACUGGGGGUGGGGGGGGGAGAAAAAAAAAGAUAUCUCUACUACAGAUUCCUUUGUCCACACUUGAAUCUACUUGGGUAUAAGGGCCUAGGUCACAGUGAUGGCGAACCUUUUAGAGCUUUCAAUAAUAACAAACAGCCCACUGUGGCAUGCGUGGCAUAGGUUUGCCUCCAUUAGCCUAGUAUAUAGUUCAGUUAGCUAUAGAGUUCUCAGGACUAAUUUUUAGUGGACCAAAGCCCAAAACUAAUGGUCCUAUGGCUUGGCUGAGCCAUCCAUGCAUAACCUGUUCUCUACCAUGUUGAGGCUUUCUGGGAAACCAGCCAGCACAGACAGGAGUGAAAUACAAAGUUGUUAAUGGAAGGUCUGCUUGGGUGGGUUUGUUUGGACAGAGGCCCUACGUGUGUGUGCAGCGUAAGUCUCAGACACAGAGAAGAGGAAUCUAGAAGCUAGUGUUACUGAACUCUGUCUCUUAAAAACUCCAUACUGUGAGUUUGAAUCCCUCCUUGCUACCCAUGACAGCUCUAGGUUUACUUCCUCUUGCAGCGAGUACAGAAGGGUAGAAGUGAUGCCGAGGACGGAGAAAGCACAUCUGCCUGAUGUGAGUGCUGGUCUCUUGCCAAAUGUGUCCCUAAA